AUGCUCCUGUAUUUUAUGACUGAAAUGUCUACCGAUGAGCGAGUGUUUAAGUCACAGUUCCCCAACCAGGUAUCAAACUGGCUCUUUAGUGAGGGAGAGAAGAAGCCCUAUGGGAAGCCAUGUGGGGGCCAAGACUGCAGUGGGGGCUGUAAGUGCUCUCCUGAGAAAGGAGCCAGAGGGAGACCAGGACCAAUUGGAAUUCAAGGUCCAACAGGUCCUCAAGGACUUCCUGGCCCUAGUGGUUUAUCAGGGUUGAAAGGAGACAGGGGCUCCCCAGGCCCACUGGGACCGCAUGGACCAAAAGGCGAUAAGGGUCCCAUGGGUGUUCCCGGCUUUCUUGGCAUUAAUGGAAUUCCGGGCCACCCUGGACAGCCAGGACCCAGAGGCCCACCUGGCCUGGAUGGCUGUAAUGGAACUCAAGGAGCUGUUGGAUUUCCAGGCCCUGAUGGCUAUUCCGGGCUUCCUGGACCACCUGGGCUUCCUGGUCAGAAAGGCUCUAAAGGUGAACCUGCCCUUGCCCAAGGUAGUUUCAAAGGAAUGAAGGGGGAGCCUGGGCUGCCCGGACUGGAUGGAAUCACUGGCCCACAAGGAACACCCGGAUCCCCAGGAGCUGUAGGACCCAUAGGACCACCAGGUUUGCAAGGUCCUCCUGGCCCCCCUGGUUUCCCUGGUCCUGAUGGGAAUAUGGGGUUAGGUUUCCAAGGAGAGAAAGGAGUCAAGGGAGAUGUUGGCCUGCCUGGUCCUGCAGGACCCCCACCAUCUACUGGAGAACUGGAAUUCAUGGGAUUUCCCAAAGGGAAGAAAGGAUCCAAGGGUGAACCAGGGCCUCAGGGCUUCCCAGGAAUAAGUGGUCCACCUGGUCUGCCGGGAUUUGGAAUUGCUGGAGAAAAAGGAGAAAAGGGAAUUCCUGGUUUGCCAGGACCAAGGGGUCCCAUGGGUUUAGAAGGAGUCCAAGGCCCUCCGGGGAGUCAGGGCAGGAAGGGGUCUUCAGGUUUCCCCGGGCUUAAUGGAUUCCCAGGAAUUAAGGGUGAAAAAGGUGGCAUUGGCCUGCCAGGCCCAGAUAUUUUCAUCGAUACAGAUGGUGCUGUGAUCUCAGGUUAUCCUGGAGACCCUGGUAUGCCAGGCCUCCCAGGCCUUAAAGGAGAUGAAGGCAUACAGGGCCUACCUGGCCCUCCUGGUGCCCCUGGAUUACCAGCUUUACCAGGUGGCCCUGGUGCUCUGGGCACCCAGGGAGCUCUAGGCCUGAAGGGGCAACGAGGAAACCCUGGCCGGACCACAACGGGGGCAGCUGGUCUCCCUGGCAGAGAUGGUUUGCCAGGCCUGCCAGGCCUACCAGGCCCACCUGGUGCAGCAUCUGAGACGGGAACCCUACAGAGCACAGAACCGGGAUCGCCGGGACUCCGAGGGGAACGAGGUCCAAAAGGACACCCAGGCCUCAAAGGAAUUAAAGGGGACCCAGGUUUUUGUGCUUGUGAUGGUGGUGUCCCCAACAUGGGGCCACCUGGGGAGCCAGGCCUGCCUGGGCCACCAGGACUUCUGGGCCUUCCAGGUCUUAAAGGAACCAAAGGUGAUCCAGGCUCUGGGGGUGCACAGGGCCCAUCAGGGGAUCCAGGUGUAUUUGGGCCUCGAGGUCCAACAGGCCCUAAAGGAAAGAAAGGGGACCCGACUCUCAGCACAGGAUCAGGGAUGCCAGGAGAUCGAGGUGAUCCUGGCCCCCAGGGGCUCCCUGGUGAGACAGGACCCCCAGGCAAGGAUGGAAUACCAGGUUUACCAGGGCUGCCAGGCCUUCUGGGUGAUGGUGCACAGGGCUUCCCCGGUGAAAAGGGGUUACCAGGACUUCCUGGUGAAAAAGGUCACACUGGUCCAACUGGCCCCCCAGGAAUUGGGCUACCAGGGGCUCCUGGACCUCGUGGACUUCCUGGAGAUAAAGGAGUAGAUGGAUUACCAGGACAACCAGGCCCCCGUGGAGUUCCAGGUGACUGCUGCUGCAAGGAGGAGGUUGGGAAAAAAGACUUAGACACAGAGGGAGGUAUCACCUUGCCUUGUAUUAUUCCUGGACCAUAUGGUCCAUCAGGACUCCCAGGAGCUCCCGGAUUCCCAGGCCCUAAAGGGGCCCGUGGCCUCCCUGGGGCUCCAGGCCAACCUGGAUUGCGUGGAAAUAAAGGAGACCCCGGAAGUCCAGGAUUGGUUCACCUGCCUGAAUUGCCAGGGUUUCCUGGACCUCAUGGGGAGAAGGGCUUGCCUGGGUUUCCUGGGCUCCCUGGAAAAGAUGGCUUGCCUGGGAAAGUUGGCAGCCCUGGCUUACCAGGUCCCAAGGGAGCCCCUGGUGACAUCCUUGGUGCUGAAAAUGGUGCUCCGGGGGAGCAAGGUCUACAGGGACUGCCUGGGGACAGAGGAUUUCCUGGAGACUCUGGCCUUCCAGGACUCAAGGGUUUGCUUGGGAAGUCGGGCUUGCUCGGCCCCAAAGGUGAGCAGGGCAGCCCUGGAAUACCAGGCCGCGUGGGUCAGCCAGGCCCCCCAGGCCCUAGUGGUCUAUUUGGCAUCAAGGGCAAACCCGGGCUCCGCGGACCCCCAGGCUUUCCAGGCAUUUCAGGACAUCCUGGAAAGAAAGGUCCAAGAGGCGAGAUAGGUCUCCCUGCAUCAGCUGGAAAGAGAGGCCUGCCUGGGCUGAAAGGGCUUCCGGGACCACCAGGGCCAAUUGGCUUCCUGGGAAACUCAGGCUUGCCAGGGGCUACUGGGUUGCCAGGGCUGCCCGGUCUGAAGGGUGAGAAGGGGUCUGUUGGACUGACAGGUUUUCCAGGGAUUCCAGGUCUCCCUGGUAUUCCUGGAGCAAGUGGAUUAAAGGGAAUUCCUGGGUCGACAGGAAGAGUGGGGCCAUCUGGAUGGGCUGGUAGCCCUGGUGAAAAAGGAGACAGAGGUGACCCAGGCCCCUUUGGGAUACCCGGUCAUCGACCUACAAUGCUAAACCUCCGCUUCAAAGGAGACAAAGGUUCUCAGGGCUCAGCUGGAGCCGUUGGAUUUCCCGGACCCAGAGGUGACAAAGGAGAGGCUGGCCACCCCGGGCCACCAGGCUUGCCUGGAGCUCCUGGCUUCCCCAGCCUCAUCAAGGGACUUAGUGGGAGACCAGGCCCCCCUGGCUCCACAGGACUACGGGGCUUACCUGGCCUGAAGGGACACCCUGGAAUCACAGGUUUCCCAGGAAUUCGAGGAGAAAGUGGUUCACAGGGUCUCAGUGGAGCUCCCGGGCUACCAGGAGCAUCUGGUCUCCCAGGUUUAAAAGGAGAUCAAGGCCAGACACUUGGAAUUUCUGGUAGCCCAGGACCCAAGGGACAACCUGGGGAGCCUGGCUUCAAAGGUGUGAAAGGAAAAGACGGACCAGUUGGUGAUGUGGGUUUCCCAGGAAACAAAGGUGAAGAUGGGAAAGCUGGUAUUUCUGGAGAUGUUGGCCUUCCUGGCUCCCUAGGACUCCCUGGAGUUGCAGGCAUGAGAGGAAAUCCAGGGCUUCCAGGUUCUCCAGGCCACUCAGGGGCAACUGGGCCCCUGGGUCCCCCUGGCCUAAUAGGAACCAAAGGUUUCCCUGGACUUCCAGGUUUACAUGGACUGAAUGGGCUUCCAGGAACCAAGGGGACCCGUGGAACUCCAGGACCUAGUAUAAUUGGUGUGCCUGGGCCAGCUGGCUUGCCUGGUCCCAAAGGGGAAAAAGGUUCUCCAGGAGUUGGCAUCGGAGCCCCAGGAAAGCCAGGUAUAAAAGGACCCAAAGGUAGUCAAGGUUUUCCAGGUCUCCAGGGCGCCGUUGGUCUCCCCGGUGCACUGGGCCUCUCCUUGCCUUCAGUCAUAGAAGGACAGCCUGGCGACCCUGGGCGACCAGGCCUAGAUGGAGAACGAGGCCGCCCAGGCCCCCCUGGGCCCCCAGGCCCCCCUGGGCCCUCCUCAGAUCAAGGCGACCCUGGAGACCCUGGCUUCCCUGGAAUUCCUGGCCCUCAAGGGCCCAAAGGAGACCAAGGAAUUCCAGGUUUCUCCGGCCUCCCUGGAGAGCUAGGAUUGAAAGGCAUGAGAGGUGAGCCUGGCUUCAUGGGGACUCCAGGCAAGGUUGGACCACCUGGAGACCCAGGACUUCCCGGGAUGAAGGGGAAGGCGGGGCCAAGAGGCUUAUCCGGCCCUCGAGGUGCUCCUGGACACACACCCAUUGCAGAAGCCAUCCAGGCUCCCCCUGGACCCAUGGGCCUUCCAGGCAUUGAUGGCAUCCCUGGCCUCAUGGGAGACCCCGGAGUCCAAGGACCUGUGGGCCUACAAGGAUCUAAAGGUUUACCUGGCAUCCCCGGCAAAGAUGGCACCAAUGGACUCCCUGGCCCACCUGGGGCUCUUGGUGAUCCUGGUCUGCCUGGACUACAAGGCCCUCCAGGAUUUGAAGGAGCUCCAGGGAAGCCGGGCCCCUUCGGGAGGGCUGGAGUGCCUGGGCAGAGCCUGAGAGUGGGCUACACCUUGGUGAAGCACAGCCAGUCAGAACAGGUGCCCCUGUGCCCCAGCGGGAUGAGCCAGCUCUGGGUGGGUUACAGCCUGCUGUUUGUGGAGGGGCAAGAGAAAGCCCACAACCAGGACCUGGGGUUUGCUGGCUCCUGCCUGCCCCGCUUCAGCACCAUGCCAUUCAUCUACUGCAAUGUGAAUGAAGUGUGCCACUAUGCCCGACGGAACGACAAGUCCUACUGGCUCUCCACCACUGCCCCUAUCCCUAUGAUGCCUGUCGGCCAGACACAGAUCCCCCAGUACAUCAGCCGCUGCUCUGUGUGUGAGGCGCCCUCGCAAGCCAUUGCUGUGCACAGCCAGGACAUCACCAUCCCACAGUGCCCCCUGGGCUGGCGCAGUCUGUGGAUUGGGUACUCCUUCCUCAUGCACACAGCCGCCGGUGCAGAGGGCGGGGGCCAGUCUCUGGUCUCUCCUGGAUCCUGCCUAGAGGAUUUCCGGGCUACUCCUUUCAUCGAGUGCAGUGGUGCCCGGGGCACUUGCCACUACUUUGCCAACAAAUAUAGUUUCUGGCUGACAACAGUGGAAGAGAGGCAGCAGUUUGGGGAGGAGCCUGUAUCUGAGACGCUGAAAGCCGGACAGCUCCACACCCGGGUCAGCCGCUGCCAGGUGUGUAUGAAAAGCGUGUAG